AUGCUCAAACAACUCAUGAAGAAGAUGGGCGGCUUGUUCACCAAGUUCAUGAAACGCCAUGCCAUCGGCAACGAGAUCAAAAGUAUCAAGGUCAGUGUUCAGGAGGCGGCUGACCGGCGUGACCGGUACAGGGUCCACGAGGUGGCUGCUAAUCCAGAUGUUGCAACCAUGGCCGACCCUCGCCUGUUGGCUCUGUACAAGGACCAAAAAGAACUCGUUGGCAUUGAUGAUUCAUUGAAUGAGCUAACCAAGAUGCUGAGUGACGGGGAUGGUGAUGUGUCCAAGCAACUAAAGAUAAUCUCUAUUUUUGGAUUCGGAGGCGUUGGCAAGACAACUCUUGCCAAAGCAGUAUAUGAUAAGCUCAAAACACAGUUUGAUUGCAGUGCUUUUGUUCCGGUAGGACGCCAACCUAGCGUGAAGAAACUUCUCAACGACAUUCUCCAUGAAAUUGGCAAGAAAAUGUACCCUGGUUUGGAUGAAAGGCAACUGAUUGAUGAAAUCCGAGUAUUACAUGAGAAAAAGAGGUACUUAAUCGUCAUUGAUGACAUAUGGGAUAAAAAAACAUGGGAACUAGUCAAGACCGCUUUGGUGUGUACUAAUUGUGGAAGCAGGAUCGUCACAACUACUCGUAUACUCGAAGUUGCCGCAAGAACUGGCAUGAUAUCACACAACAGGAUAUGA